CAGCUCUGCUGCCCUGUGGAUACCAAGCAGAAUGGAUAAUUGACUGUUUCAUUGUUCCUAAUCUUCACGCUGCAUCGAAUUGGUGGUGAGAUGGGAGAGUAUUUCUGGCUGCAAGCUGCAUUCACUGAUAAGUUGCAAGGCUGAUAGCACUGGCAAUCACAUGAAAGUGAUAAUCUGUCACAGAAGCCAACCCAUGGGAAAAUAUUCUGUCCUUCUACCAUCUUCUAGAGUGACCCGAGAUGGAAUGGCUGAUCUCCCUUUAAUUGUAACAAGAUUCUUGAGAGGAUUCAGUUCUUCAACCAUUUGAAAAUCCUUGUUUUCAUCUGUGGGACUGAAGAUGAGAUGGCUCAGUUACCUGACAUAAAGAGGAAGACAUUAAGAGAAGGAGCAACUCCACUCCUCUGCUUACAGCAAAGAAUUCAAAGUGCUAAUCAGCAAAGCGACAUCCCUGCCCCACCAACAUGAAUGCUGCUCUGGCUGUUGUUACCUUUUGCCUCUUGGUCGCUUUGGAACCUGUGAACUGCCAAAGAGUUCAGCGACAACUUCAACCAUGGGUUCAGGGCACCAUUGCAGUUACUGUCUUCUUGAUUCUGGCAAUGAUUGCCUUUGUCAUCAACAGGUUCUGGUGCCAGGAAAAAAAUGAUUCCUUUGAGGAGAAAAAUGAAGCUUUCUCCAUGGGAGGCAACAAGGCGGAGCUGCCCAUUUCUAACGGUUCAGAAGGGAGAUAUUCAAUGACUGCCGCAGAUUUCAGAUGCGAAGAAGGCCCUCAUGUAUAUGAAAAGAAAGUUGAGUUUGAGUGUGGAAAUACAAGUGAGUGUCACGGCGAACACAAUAUAGACGUUCUUACCACUUGCAUGUAGCUUCCUCAUUCCUGGGUACAACUUACUUCUCAGUCUUUUUUUUUUUUAUCCUCCCCAUGUCAUAGACUCCAUACAUGAUGAGGUCAGUUCUGCACAGCAGACACUGUGCACAGAUUUAAUCACUCCAUUACAAGGCAUUAGCUGAUGGCCAAAGUUUCUUUUUUCUCUAUGUUAAAACUUUUGCUGACUGGAUUUCUUAUUGCUGUUAUGGUUCUGUGUUAAAUUUUGAGGCCAUCUGCACACCUCUGUUGGGUGGAAUAAAUUGGCACAUCAUGCUGUUAUUUUUUUUUCCCCACAAAAAGAGUGCAUAAGCAGAAUUGCUACCAAACCUGAUUGUUGGCCCCAUUUGACAGUCACAAGGGACAUUGCAAGUGUGUGACCCAGAGGCAACUUUUCUUAUAGGUCACCUAGAUAUGCUGCAAAAUGCAGUGCCAAUCACCUACCAUCUUAAUCUGUGGAGGGCCCAGUCCACAUAUUUUGGCCAGAAAAUCCUGUUGAAAUCCCAUAGAUCAGAGUAAGCCCUGAAAACAAGAGCUGGAAUUGGCUUCCUACACCCUGCCUCUCAAAAUCAGCCUAAAUUUGCAUCUAUACAUAUAAAUAAACAUAUGUAAAUUUUAUGCACAUUUGGUGUCAUGAGCCUGUGCCCCAAGUCUUUUAGGUAUCUAGGAAUGUCCAGGAUGUUCACCUAUCAUUUCUCCUUAGCAGCUGUUGCCAAAUUGCUUUAGAUAGCAAGCACAGGCCCCUUGCAAGUCUUCCGUAGUCCACUGCCAUGUCCCAGUUCAACAGCUGGAAGUUUCUUGGUGAGAAACUGCUUUUCCUUUAUAAUACAAGUUGUUUUUCUCAGAGAGCUGAAGGAAAAAGCUACACAGGAACAGUAAAUGGGUAUUAUCAGCUCAUGGCUGCAUGCAGAGGUGGAAGCAUGACGAUGCUCCACCAGGUUACUUCAUUUGAUUUUUGCCCUGCUUUGGAUUUGCCACGGAGACACACCUGUUACUAGUGAAUGAAUAAAGCCGAUGUGAAUCAGAUAUAUAAGCCUUAUGAUAUGAGUGAUCUGCUUUUCUUUUCAUACAUGCAUCAGAUGAACAAAAGGAUUUGUCAUAUACAAGUGAGUGUUUGAAUAAAGGUUUUAAAAGUCACCAGUUUUAUUGUAGGAACAAGAUCCCAGGUACAAUUUGCCAAUGUAAAAUGGAUUAUUAUGUGUAUUUUUAAUU